CCAGCUGAGUGGGCGCGCGGCGCGGAAGCUCGUUGAAGGUAACGCGAGCGGCGGAGGGGGCGGGCUCGCCGUCCUCGCCCUGUCAGCAGCGGGAGGUAGGUGAUGAAGUUGCCGAUUGCCAGUGGCUCUCCUCCAACCUUCUGGCUACCGCCGCCAUUAUGUCCGUCAUCGCCAAGAUAGAGCAGGAGUUCAAGGAGGUCGACGAUGCUAACGACUGGCAGCCCCGCUACUUGGAUAUCCGGCAUCAAUCCAGUGAUUAUCCUCAUAAAGUGGCAAAGUAUGCAGAAAACCGGAAUCGGAACAGAUACAGAGAUGUUAGCCCAUAUGAUCACAGUCGUGUAAUACUACAGAAUUCUGACAAUGAUUACAUCAAUGCCAGCUUGGUGGUUAAUGAAGAAGCUCAAAGAACUUAUAUAUUAACACAGGGUCCACUUCCUAACACUUGUUGCCAUUUCUGGCUAAUGAUAUGGCAACAAAAGACCAAAGCAAUUGUCAUGCUUAAUAGAAUCGUUGAGAAAGAUUCGGUGAAAUGUGCGCAGUACUGGCCAACAAAACAAGAGGAACCCAUGAUAUUCAGAGAAACAGGAUUUUGUGUGAGGCUAAAAUCUGAAGAUGUCAAAUCGUACUAUACAGUACGACAACUCCAGCUAGAAUGUAUUGAGACUGGUGAAUCCAGGGUAAUACUCCAUUUUCACUAUACUACAUGGCCAGAUUUUGGAGUUCCUGAAUCUCCAGCUUCAUUCCUCAACUUCUUGUUUAAAGUCAGAGAAUCUGGAUCUCUGAGUUCUGAACAUGGACCUGCAGUGAUUCAUUGUAGUGCUGGAAUUGGACGCUCUGGUACAUUUUCAUUGGUAGACACAUGUCUUAUUGUGAUGGAAAAAAGAAAUGACCCACUUCAUGUAGAUAUCAAGCAAAUAUUAUUAAAUAUGAGAAAAUAUCGGAUGGGACUCAUUCAAACUCCUGAUCAACUAAGAUUUUCAUAUAUGGCUGUAUUAGAAGGAGCAAAAUAUAUAAUGGGGGAUUCUACUAUGCAGUAUCGCUGGAAGGAACUCUCAAAAGAAGACCAAGCACCAAGUUCUGAAUGUUCGCCUCCUCACCCAACUAAACCUACUGCAGAAAAAUACAACGGGAAUAGCAUGGUUUUAGAGGAACAAGAGCCAGGAGAUGUUGAUCUGAUCUCUCCUAUACAAAAUGAUUCAGAUACAAAUGAUGACAAGGCUUUACGGAAAAGACUGAGAGAAGACAAGAAAGCUAACACAGCACAGAUGGUGCAACAGAUGAAACAUAGGCUGAGUGAAUCUGAAAGAAAAAGAAAAAGGUGGUUAUAUUGGAAGCCUAUUGUUAUUAAGAUUGGAUUUGGUUCAGUCGUAUUUAUUAUAGCUUAUUCUUCCUGGAAAUUGUAUUCCCAGUACAUGCUCAUGUAAGUAAGUGAGCAAUCUUCCAUCUACGAUGAAUCUUAUACCCCAUGAGUUAGUGGAAUUUAAAGUGACUAUAAUAAAUGGAUCCAAGUUUGCUGCCACAUCUGACAAAACAAAUGUUUUUACUUCACCAAUGACAAUUUAACUUGCAGCAUUGAAGUCUUGUCAUUGGUGAUUAACGUGAUCACAAAUUGGUCUCAGGAUUUUUCGAUACUGGUACUUCUGAAACCAAAUUGCCACUUGGAUUCAAAUUAUACAUUUGUUAUAUAAAUUAAUGCACAUUUUCAACAACUGUAUAUAUGGUAUCUAAAUUGAUAGUUCAAUAGAUAAUAGCCUGAAUGGCCAAGUCACCAGAAGAAUGACUUCCAUACAUGAUAGAAGCAAUAAACCGUGUGGUGUUAAUCUGAAUGCAAAAAGUUACAGUUCUUUAUUAAUGUACCACGAACCAUUUAUACUAUGCAGACGUAAAGCAAAUUUGAUAAUUGUAUAAUCAUUUUGUAAAUAAUUGUAUUUUUAAAAGCUACAUUUGUAUGAAUUUAUCCAAUAGAAAUGAGCAAUUGGUGAAUCUUUUCAAGAUUGACUUGGCAAUUUACUUUUUGGACCAUUCCCAAUGCAAUGAUUAAUAAAUUGUUUCAGAAAUUAAAUGUUAGCAAAUAAUUAUUCCUCAGUUUUUAUUUACUUGUGAGAUGCAUAUAUGUAUUUAUGCUUAGCUACUAUUUUAUUUGAAAGUAUUUAAUUUUAUAAGGCUACUGGAAGAUUAGAUCUUGUGUCUCAAGCUGCCUCUUUGGAAGAAAUGCUUUGUUAAAAGCGGCAGCUACUGUUGGAAGCCAUAGCUUGUAUUUAAAGCUUACACAUUCCAUUAAAUGUGAAACUUUUUGUGGGU